AUGCCCCGAGCCUUGUCUACCAAAUGUCAUCAUGAAAAUGACAGGCCGCUGAGGUCGAGAGGCAUUCCUCGUACCGACCGGGCAAGAUCUAAGCCCAAGGCUGUUGAAGAGGUGCGCGAGCGAUAUAGCGUCCACCUUUCCUCCAUGGAUGCCACAGCCGACGGCAAGUUCGCCCGGCGUUACCAUACCGCCCCUGAAGACAAGCAUCUCGGCAUCUUGUUACGCGGAUGGAUCCCCUCCCGCAUCCGCAUGGUGUGGGACGCGGGGGGUCGCGCGGUCAGUGUCGCGCUUCUGAGCCGCGUCCUCUCAUCCUUCUCGCCGCAGCGCAGGCCCUCGCCCCCCCCCUUCGAGCCAGCGAUCUCCGUCAAGUGCCGGGCUUCUCCCGAAGACGGCGCAACCAAGCGGGCGAUGCCAAUCUCGACCUUGUGCGUUCCAUAUGGCCCCGGCGCAGCAAGGGUGUUGCUCAGGGUGUUGCUCAUUACGCUGGAGAAACUCGAGUAG